AUGAAAAUUGAAAAUCAAUCUGUUAAUGAUAAGUACAGAACAACUGCGGCGGAGAAUUCAAUAAGAAUUCAAGAGAAAACACCACCACCACCAAAUAAAGGCGGUAAACAUCAUCAGAUUCCAAUUAAAAUUAAAUUACACGUUUGGUUUGCGUUAUUCGGUUGGAUUGCUUGUAUUAGUUCGACAAUUUUAUGUGCCCGAUGUACUGGUGAUCUUUGGCGUGAUAAGAAAUUAUUCGGCAUACCAUUAUGGUAUCGUUUACAUCAAAUAACAGCCAUUCUAGGUUUCAUUUGUAAUUCAAUAUCAAUCAUUGUUAUUGUAAUACAAGCUGAUGGUAAACUGAAAACAAACAUACAUGCCAUUAUUGGUUAUGUAUCGACCAUAUUGAUUACAAUACAAGCUAUGACUGGAUUUCUGAAACCAGAUAAUCAAUCUGAUUUUCGAAUCAUUUUCAAUUAUAUUCAUUGGCUUAUCGGUACAAUGGCACAUUCGUUAGCAUUGAUCAAUAUUUUAAUGUCGGCAAUCAAAAAAAAUAAACAAUUCUUAUGGAUGUUUGUUAGCUAUCUAUUCAUAUAUUUAGCAUUUACAGAUUUAUUACGAAAAUUGGAUCUAAAUCGAUUACGAUCAUUGUCGGCGAAAAAAAUUGUACUGAAAACCAUUGCUCAUUAUUUGUCAUAUUUUGUAUUAUUCACCAUUUUUACAUUGACAAUCGGAAUGAUGAUAAAAAUUUUUGACUAA